AUGAAGACCUUCCUAAGGAUAUCAGUCUUGGCUGUCGCUGGCCUAUCGAGUAUUGUUCAAGUAGGAAUACUGAAUACAUCAGACUUUUACACUACUGACUCUGGACAGGCUGAUGAUCACCUUCACGCCAAUGCGCACGAGAGGCGUGGACUAUCAGAUCUUCUAGGUGCGCUCGAGGGAUUGGGUCAAGGUCAAGGCCAGGGUCAAAGUCAAGACCAGGCCCAGCAAGCGGCAGCAGGGGCGCAAAAAGGAAAGCAAUCGCAAGCAGUUCAAGCGGCGACAGGAGGGAAGAAAGGGGGCAAUCGCAAGCAGUUCAAGCGACGACUAUCAUUGUUGGAGGGGCAGCAGCCGCAAAAGGAAGCAAUGCUACUUGUGCAGCGGCGGGAAAUGAAAAGACCUGCCGUUCAAUUAUCCUUCGUAACAAAGACAGAGUUUGGUUCUGGAGCAGCCCCAACGGUUACGGUCACUCCGCUUCCACAAAUGAUCACGCAGAUGGUUACGGUUACUGCAAACGCUGCAGCUAUAGCAGGAGUAAGCGAAAGUGCGGCUGGGGUCUCAUCAGCACCCGGGACUGCAGCUGAAACUGGAAAAGCAGGUUCAGGGAAGGGAAAUGGAGCAAAGAGUUCGGCAAGUGCGGCUGCUACUCAAGUAGCUGGUGCUGGGACUGGAAAUUCUGGUUCCGCAGAUGCAAAUGGCAAUGGAGCAAAGGGUUCCGCAAAUGCGACUCAAUCAGCUGCAGGAAUUGCUCCAGCAGUCGGUCAACCUGGAGCCAUGGCUUCAGCAGUAGGGACUCUUGUUGCUGGUGGCGGAUGCGAUUGCUCAUGUCUCUGUGGAGCUGGAUCUUUUCCAAACAACAAUGUUGGCUCUAGUUCUGGUUCUAGUUCUGGUGUUGCUGCCGCUCAAGGGGCAACAACCCUGCAGACCGUCGCUUCAAAGGCCUCAAAAGCCUCGAAAUCUGAGGUUUCCGCUCCCAGUUCUUCAAUCUCGCCCUCCAUUGCAGCAGCUGGUGUCCAAGCUCAGAGUGCAGCCUCUUCCUCAGGCUCUGCAAUAUCCUCUGCUUCAAGCGCUGCUAAAACUCAGAACGCCGGUGCUUCAUCAGCAUCAGUCACGAGCGUGUCCUCAAGCGCUAGUUUGGCAUCUUCAUCCUCAGUUUCGUCUGCUCCUGUGGCUCAAAGCGCCGUCGUCGUUUCAUCAUCAUCAGACUCGGCAUCUGGAGCCUCAAGUUUCAAACUAUCAGUAGCUGAUGUGCAACCGACACCCCAAGCAGCUGCUGCUCAACUCGCGCCUACGAUCUCUGAUCCUGUCGAUAUCAGCACGUUCUCACUCGUCAGUAGUUUAGUCCUGGGAAAUCUGGCCAAGGCUACGGGAGCACCUUAG